GUAAACACGGCUCUGUUACCAUCGAGCGAUCCGGGCUGAAUGUAGAAGCUUGAACUGUGUGGAUAUUAUUCUGUGUGUAAUGUCAUGCUCGGUUUAAUUGUGUUUUUUGAACGUGUUAAAAAGUGUAAAGUUGCUCGACGGGGUGAAGCCACGUGACCGGGCGACUCGCCUGACUCACAUGACUGGAACAUUCCCGGUGUUGAUAUUGAGGCGCGUGAACGAGCAGGAACACUGCUGUCUGUAGAGAGCGAGAGAGAGCGCUUGUGUGUGCUUCUGCCUUCUCAAAAUAACAAACAAAUACAUAAAAGCUGAGGAGAAAUCUGACGGAUACGUUACAGGCGGCGGAGACUGCGUGUUUGUUUGGGUUUACCGGGAGCAGCGCGUGACUCUGGGAGGUGUUUUUAGUGCUGUGUUUGCUGGGAACUGGCAAAUUUCUGCGAGUAAACUAUUAACGGAAAACAUGAGCCAUAAACUACUGUCAGGCUUCGCCAUUGGCUUUCUUUUUGUUUUAGGCUGGAUGACUGCAGCUCAGGCCGUAACACUUGAAGUUGAGGAAGGAAACUCGACCUGUAUCAAAGCAGAAAUCUCAGCCAACUUCACCAUCACAUACCCCAUCAGCAAUGGGACGAAGACUGUGGUUGUCCCGCUCCCGGGAUCAGCAGUACUGGGAAAUGGCAGUUCCUGUGGAGGAGCAGGAGUUUCCCCGGACCUGGUGGCCUCCUUCGGUGAAGGUCACUCUCUGGGCCUGGUGUUCGCCAGCGACAACCUUAUAUAUCGCGUGGCCAACCUUACUCUGAGCUACAACCUCAGUGACACCAAGACCUUUCCUCAGUCCUCCAGCAAGGAGAUUAUGGUGUUGACUUCAAACACCUCUCAGAUCUCAGCAAAGCUCAACACCACCUACAAGUGUGUGAGCUCCAGCUCGGUCAACCUGGGAAGCUCUGUGACGGUCACGCUCUUCGACAUUCACUUGCAGGCCUACAUGCCCAGCUCCAACCUGAGUACUAAUGAGACUGUUUGUUCAGCUGAUCUUCCUUCCACCACUGCUGCACCUACUACCACCCCUGUCGCCCCAACCACCCCUGCCGUCCCGACCAAGCCUGAGCCCGGCAACUACAACGUUACAAACUCCAACGGCACGGUCUGUCUUCUGGCCAAAAUGGGGCUGCAGCUGAACGCAACAUUUUUAUCUCAGAAUAAAACGAUCGUAUCGAUAAGGAACGUUCAGCCCAACGUGAUGUCUUUCUCAGGGACAUGCGAAUCCACAACGGCUACUUUACAGCUGACUGGAGAUUUCACCAACCUCACCUUCACCUUCACGCUGAACUCCACCUCCAAAAUGUAUCAGCUCAGCGCCGUGAACAUGUCCGCUAAAUGGGAAGAUAUGACCGCUGUAUUCAUAGCCAGCAACAGCAGUCUUCAGUACCUGCAGGGAACUCUGGGUCGCUCUUACAUGUGUAGCGUUGAGGAAGUUCUUCCUGUGGUCAGCACUUUCUCCAUCAACACCUUCGACGUGCAGGUUCAGCCCUUCAACGUCAGCAACAACAAGUUUGGACCAGCCGACGUGUGUCGAAUGCAGAAGGACAACAUGCUGGUGCCCAUCAUUGUCGGCGCCUCCCUGGCCGGCCUCGUCCUCAUAGUCCUCAUUGCCUACUUGAUCGGCAGGAAGAGGAGUCACGCAGGCUACCAGACCAUCUAAAACACUACUGUCUGACUAGGACUAUACUGUGUGUGUGUGUGUUUGAAUACUGCUUGUUUCUGGGGUUGUUAAACUUUUACCUUUAUUCAUUCACUCCACUACUUUUGAAGUGUAUAUAUAUAUAUAUAUAUAUAUAUA